UCAGAAUAUCAUCAUGUGUUCAAUAAUUUUGAACUCUUUCAAUGUUCAGAUGCCGCCACGUAGGGAACCCGAUCAUCCAGUUCCUUCUCAGGCUACAGUGGUCGCCCAGUUCCGCGACUAUCAUGCCGAGAAGUUCUCAGGGCAGGGAGAUCCACGCGUAGUGGACGAGUGGAUUCAUGUCCUGGAGUUUAUCUUCGAGGUCAUGGAGUGCCCUGAGAGAUAUCGC